ACUAUACUUCACCUUAAUAUGUUUGCUUCUAAUAAAAAUAUUAAUAAAUAAAUAAAUAAAAGAAGACAGGGUUUAUGGCGAUGGGGCGAUAUUAGAUUCAUUCUGUGCAAGCAGGUUAGGAACAAUAGAAGAUGGACACAAAAUGCUGGAGUAACUCAGCGGGACAGGCAGCAUUUCUGGAUAGAAGGAAAGGGUGACGUUUUGGGUCGGGACCCUUAUUCAGACUAUCUUCGGUGUAAACUAGCAUCUGCAGUUCCUUCCUACACAUAAGAGCUGAACAAAACAGGACUGUUCAGUUGAAGAAAAUGCUGUUGCAUUCACCGAUAUCAAAUAGAACUAAUACUAUAGCAGUGCUUGUGGAAUUGAAUUUGGUAGUCUGACUGCAGUCUAUACCUAUGAUUAAUAUUUACAAAAGUUAAAACCGGAAUCAGGAUAGGAACCCGAGGAUUUCCUAGGGUUACUGCAUGAACAAAAAUGUGUCAGAUAGCUAUUUAAUGACUGAAAUCAUUUGAGAACAAAUGCAUUGGACACCACCUGGGAUUCAGCCCACACCAGGGACUUAAGCACAUAAUCCAGGCUGACGACCUGAGAGUAUUUUAUCUUUCGGAUGAGAUAUUAAACUAAGGCCCAUUUCAAUAUCUGUGAUUGCAAAAUAUUCCACAACACCAUUUCAAAGAGUUCAGGAGAGUUAUCCUAUGUGACCCAUUCAAUAAUUAUUCUGCAUUUAACAUGAAAAAAAAAGUGGUCCAAUAAUUUUAACAUUUCUAAUUCAGGCAUCUUAUUGUGUGCAGAUUUCAGUAUUGUCAUGUUGCUUCGUUGCUUAAUUAGUUGUCAACUAUUUCAGGCAUCCUCAGGUACUGAAAGGUGCCAAAGAAAAUGUAGACCCUUUUCUUUAACAGUAUUUUUCCUUCUCAUUAAUCUUUUCUGUGAGCCUCAGAAAAGACUAAAUAACGAAAUAAGGACAAGGAGCUAAGAAGCGAUAAGGGUUAAGAUUCUUAUGCAGUACAAUGACGUGGAGAAUUAAGAUAAUCCUUCUAGAUCUAGAGCAGUGCUUCAAUUUGCUGUGUGCAUAAUCUUGAAAAGAUGAAGGGAGAAAGCAUCCUGUUUUCCAUUCUGUUCUUGUCUGAAGGUAUGUUGAUCAUUUUCUGCUAAGAUAAGAUUUCUUCAAAAACUUCAAAAAAUCAGAAUUUAUAAAUUAUAUUUUUACCCAAUCAGUAUUUGAUACAUAAGUGUGAGUGUUCCAUUACAUUCUUUGAGUUACCUCCACGAUGUGAUAUUUCUUCAGUGAUUAUAUCACCAGCAUUCAUUACUGAAAGUAUGUACCUUCCAAUUAUUGUGGAAAAACCUUACAUAGAAGUAUGUAACAGACUAGUUCAAUGGCCUCUGAUUUGUCAUUUUAUAAAAAUAUUAAAUAAAAGUAAUUGCAUUUGUGUUUGAGAAUAAUAUAUUCUGUCUUUUGAUCUAUCUUUUUCAAUUCUUCACAAAAUCCAUCCGGAAAAGCUCUCUCAACUCUUUCUCCUACUGAGGUAACCUCAGAUUUGAAGGGAGAAAAGGAAGAUCUGUCAUGUAACAAGGCUUGCAAAUGUAAUUGCAAUGAUGAACCUAACAGAACUGAGAGAAUGGUACAAGGACCAUUAGUUCUAGACUGUAUGCCAGAGUGUCCUUAUCACCGUGCACUUGGGUUUGAAUCUGGAGUUGUUGCAAAAGAUCAGAUAAGCUGUUCUAAUGAAGAUCAUUACACAGGCUGGUAUUCUUCAUGGAUGUCAAACAAAGCAAGAAUGAACAACCAGGGUUUUGGGUGUGCAUGGUUAUCAAGGUACCAGGACACGCAACAAUGGCUUCAGAUUGACCUUAAAAAAAUCAAAGUUAUUUCUGGGAUCAUUACACAAGGACGAUGUGAUGCUGAUGAAUGGAUGACCAAGUACAGCAUACAGUAUAGAUCUGAUGAAAGCUUCAACUGGGUUUACUAUAAAGAUCAGACAGGAAACAGUCGAGUAAGUACUGGAACAUCAUCUAGGAAUACACCAGGGGAUAAACUUCACUUUAAUAACCUCACCAUUAUCAAAUCCCUUAAUUUCUCCUGUCACUUGCUCCUUAUUUUCCUCCAGCUCUACAAAUCUGCCAUACCUAUGCUUCUUCAAGUUUUUGUUGUUGAAUGCUCUAUUAUCAGCUAUCAAGCCUUCUGCUUUGGCGUAUCUUCCCCAAACUUUUCAAAUUCCUUUCAAGGCACUUUAAAUAUGCCUUUUUUGAUCCUUUGAUGCAUUUUGGAAUGUUCUAUAUUAAAAGGUGAUAUAAAUGAAACAAACCAUGGUUGCUGAUGACAAUCACUGUUAUCCCCUUACCACUUAGAAGUACUAACAUUACAGAUGACAAGGAAACAAGGUUCACUGACUGGGUACUUGUUUACCAGAGAGUUCUCCUGGAAGGUGUAUCACUCAUGCUAGAAAGCUUUGUUUUAUUGUUUUAGUUCAACUUUAUAGGAUUAUUUUUUCCCUCCCCCCUAGGUGUUUUAUGGAAAUUCAGACAGAUCGUCUUCAGUGCAGAAUUUCCUGCGUCCUCCAAUUGUAGCUCGAUACAUCAGAAUGAUACCGUUGGGGUGGCAUGUUCGAAUUGCUAUCAGGAUGGAACUACUUGAAUGCCUG